ACGAUCUGCGAGUCAGAGAAUCGAUCCAGAUCUGAAAGUGUCAUCAUGACGAGCGCCGCAGGACAUCCGCAUUCCCCGGAUCCGGGAAUCCUUAAGUAACAAUGGCGUCCGGCCUGUCUGCUGUUUUUGUCUUGGUACUAUGUGUCCUUCUUCCCACGUGUGUAUCCGCGGACAACGACUGCAAGGGCUACAAAAGUGCUUUUACAGGCAGUUACCAGGCUUCCCAGAAGUGUUAUCUAGGGUUUUGCUGUGGGACCUGCAACAAUAGAUACUGCUGUAAUACAUCCUCUUUAAAGCUUUCAGAGGAUGCUCAAGACGACUGUGACCGGAACAUAAUUUACUGCGAUUUACGCCCCAGUUGGAUUUUUACAACCAUUUUUGGUAGAGUUAUGUUGGCCAUCUGUAUGUUCAUCCUUGGGCUCAUCUUCAUCUGCUGUUUUUUCUGCCCCUGCUGCUGCCUAUACAAGAAGCUUCGCAAGCCCCGCCAUGUGACAAAUUCCACCCUUCCACAACAAUAUCAGCUGCAGCAAGUGGCGACACCUGGACAGCCUCCAGGUUACCAGUGUCCAUCGUACGAGGUCACACCAAUGCUUCCAGGAUAUGGAGCUCAGCCCACAGGACCACCAGGACCCCCUCCAACAUAUGAAGAAGCCACUUGUCCUGCCUACCCACCCAACCCAAUGCCUUACAGCCAUGGUGCCUUCAUUCCCAGCCAAACACCGUAUCCUCUACAGCCUCCUGCCCAGCCGCAGUUUAAUGCUCCGCCCUCACAAACAGACUAUUUUACCGAGCCUGCGUACAACCCAGAUUAUGUUGGACCAACCCAAGGCCGGACAAUGAGCCAUAAUGUUUCUUUCUGAGCCAUUCUCUGAGCAGCAUUUGUGAAACUUGGAAGAAAGAGACAAAAAAGAAGCAGCCAUGUGAUUGGAUAUAAUCUCAUUGCUCUUUUUUCAGUUUACUUUUAAAAAUUAAGUGUUUGGGUUUUUUUUUUGGGUAUUUUAUGCUUCUCAGUAAUAUUCAGGUAGUGUGAAAGGGACAGCUUUUCUUUUUAGCGAAAGGGGACUCCAUCAUGACAUCUGAGGAAAGGUGGUUUUAUGUUAGAAUGUGCAGUGUGUAGGAUUUAGAGGGAUUGGAAUAAACUAUCCAUAAUCUUUCUGUAUGAGCUGCAUAUGUGGUGGUUGCAUUGUGCAACUUGUAGCACUGGAGGUCGCUAAAUCCCACACACUGCACCUUCUAGAAAUUGUGUGUAUGUCGAAACUUCACAUGAAGUUUUAAAUAUUUUAUAUUUUUUUAAGCUACAGAUACACCUGUGACAAAUGUGCAUUACAAAGGGCAACUGUUGUUGUUACGAUUGUUUUUCACUCUAAAUGUUCACACAACCAACAAGAAUGACAUGAAACUACAUGCAGGAAACAACUGUGCCUUGUGGACCGUGUUGCUUUUAUCAAACUCUGUGCGUGCUGUUUAGAACGCUUUAAAGUUUUACUUUCUAUUUAUUCACAAGUUUUUGAACAUUUUCUUGCUGUUACUUGUUCUAAACUGUUUUCUAGUAGUUCAUUGUUGACAUUAUUUCGCAUUGCACCUUAUCUAACAUUGCAGCCAUAUAUCAGUAAACGUUGCAACCCUAA